AUGAGUGCUUAUGCACCCCAAACGGGAUGUGAUGAAGAAGAGAAAACGCAGUUUUGGGAAGACCUAGAGGAAGAUCUGAGGGAAAUACCGGAGAGCUAUAGAUUGGAAGAGACUUCAAUGGCCACUGCGGGAGCAACAACAGAGGAAAGAAGGAUACCAUCAGAAUAUAUGGAGUUGGAGCGAGCAACGUGGCAGGUGAUCAAGUCACAGAUUGAUUACAUCUUGUGUAGAAUGAGUGACAGAGGAAACGUAAAAGACUGCAAGGUGAUCUUGGGUGAGAGUGUAACCAGCCAGCACAGACCACUUAUAUGCACACUGGGCAGAAGUAUAACACCACGGAGGAAAAUAAUAGGAGUACAAAGAACAAAAUGGUGGAAAUUGGCAGACAAAGACUCGCAGACCCAGUUUGUGGCAGCAAGAGAAAAGCUACAGCAAAGUGAAAGGGAAGUAAAUAGGAGCCUCGAGGAAGUGACGGAAGACCUGGGAAAGCUAGGAGAAAUACUGUUAGGGAAAACAUCAGGAAAGUGUAAACCUGGAAAAGAGACAUGGUGGAAUGACGUAGUAUAA